UAGGCUUCUCCGCCACAUCGGAGUUUCAGUCAGCCAAUCACCGCCACCCUUAUAUUACAAAAUUAUAAAUGUUUUUUUAAUCAUUUUCUUUAAAUAUAGCAGUAAAAAAGUAUUAAUUAAAAAAGACUAGGCGUCCGCUUUCCGCCUCUUUCUUUUUUUCAAAGAACCUCCAAACCAAACCAAACCAAAACUCAGUUUUGGAAAUACCCAGGAGAGAAGAACAAAGAAUUUUUUUGUUGCUGUUAUUGUUUAAAAAAAAAAUCAUUUCCCCAAAUUAUGGGAUCCGUUUCAAUGGAACCUGCCGUUUUGGAUGAUAUAAUAUAUCGUUUAUUGGAUUUAAAACAAGCGAGGCCCGGGAAGCAAGUGCAGCUGUUGGAAGGCGAGAUCCGUCAGCUUUGCACUGUCGCAAGAGAAAUCUUUCUUCAACAGCCUAAUCUUCUUGAGCUUGAAGCUCCCAUCAAGAUCUGUGGUGACAUUCAUGGGCAGUACACUGAUCUUCUGAGGCUUUUUGAAUAUGGGGGCUUCCCCCCUGACGCUAAUUAUCUAUUCCUGGGUGACUAUGUUGAUCGUGGCAAGCAGAGUCUAGAAACAAUAUGCCUUUUGCUUGCCUAUAAGAUCAAAUAUCCCGAGAACUUCUUUCUCUUGAGAGGGAAUCAUGAAUGUGCUUCUAUUAAUCGGAUUUAUGGAUUUUAUGAUGAAUGCAAACGAAGGUUCAAUGUGAGGCUUUGGAAAAUCUUUACCGAGUGUUUUAACUGUCUUCCAGUGGCUGCUGUAAUAGAUGACAAAAUAUUGUGCAUGCAUGGUGGCCUUUCCCCUGAUCUAACAAAUUUAGAUCAAAUUAGGAGCAUAACUCGUCCAACCGAUGUCCCGGAUUCUGGUCUCCUUUGUGAUUUACUUUGGUCUGAUCCUGGUAGGGAUAUAAAAGGCUGGGGUAUGAACGAUCGAGGAGUCUCAUUCACAUUUGGCCCAGAUAGAGUCUCGGAGUUCUUAAUGAAAAAUGAUAUGGACCUUGUUUGCCGUGCCCAUCAGGUUGUUGAAGAUGGAUACGAGUUCUUUUCUGACAGACAACUCGUGACAAUAUUUUCCGCUCCCAAUUAUUGUGGCGAAUUUGAUAAUGCCGGGGCCAUGAUGAGUGUUGAUGAAAGCCUGAUGUGCUCUUUCCAAAUUCUUAAGCCUGCAGAUAAAAGGUCCAGGUUCAUUUGAGGACACUACUCUGUCUCUGUUCCUACAUUGAACUGCUGAUUAGUGAUUCGAGAAGAAAUGUUCAAAGAUUAAGGAUGCUGAUGCUGAUUUUGCAGCUCCAUGUGAUAAUGAAAUAUGACCAUAUCCUUCCCUAUAUCAAAGGGUACAGGUUAUCUGUUUACCACUAUUUUAUAACCAUAUGAAUCGAAAGAUAAGGCAUGGUUGACAAGGACUCAGCCACUGAAAUCCUUUGAUUCCUUUUUUUUUUUUUUCAUUAUUCACCCAUUUUUUUAGAACCCAUGGCAUUUUCAAUAUUUUGUUUUAUUUUAUCAUAGGAAAGGGAGAAGAGUUGGAGGAAAUAACGAGGGUUUAGGAAUUAGGAGGAAGGGGAAAAAAAGCUAAAAUAUUGAAAGAGCUUUUGAACUAUUUCAUGUUUGUAAAUUUCCUAUGUUUUGAUUGUACCUAAAUAAAAAUUUACACUUUCAUUUGUAUACAAAUAAGUCUUUGUUUUGAAUGAAAUGUUGGUUUAUUUCGAUUAAAA